GAGGUCACCUGCCUCCGCAUGGACUUGGAGUCACUCCGCCACGAGAUGUCUGCGAUGGAGGUGGAGCUGGUGCAUGUGAGAUCCCAGAAUGCUGUUCUUCGGGAUGACUUUGAUUUGAAUGGGCAGGGGAAGUGCAAGCUUGAGAGCCGGGACCACAGCUUCAGCGAGAUCAAGAAGGAGCAGCACAAGGCAAUGAAAGAGCUUGGUGCCAAUGACAUCCUGAAGGCUUUUGAUAGUGAGAAGGAUAUAGAGACGCGCUUUCAAACCGACUUUCAGAAGUUGCUACGUGGAAAGACGACGUAUGCGACAAGCAACACAGACAUGGAACAUCCAGAAAAUGUGGGAGUUCAGUUGUCAAGAAGAGUGCGAUGCUCGAUUUGGCUGCAAUCAAACCAGUAUGAAAUUCUGAUAGCUCUGCUCCUGUUCGUGAACGUGCUGUGGAUGGCUUUUGAGCUUCAGAUCUCUGGACAAGUUGCAGGUGCUAAACUUCGAAUUUACCAAAACGACUUGGAGAAUGAGAUGGAGUUCUGGCACAAUGUGUUCUUGGUUGGCGACGUGAUUUUUACAGCCUUCUUUUGUCUCGACGUGACCGUCCGCAUUGCUAUCAUACGGUCAGAGUUCUUCAAGGUGUGUUUGAACUACAUUGAUGUGGCAGUCAGUGCAACUUCGUUGAUUGAAGUGACGGUUUUCUAUACGAUGACGCUGCCCAUCAAUCCCAUGCUCUUUCGUCUUCUACGGAUCGGGAAGCUGGUCCGGGCGGUUCGAAUGGUGCACAUGACCAACAUGCUGGCGUCGCUGCAGCUGUUGGUGAAAUGCAUCUCUGCUAGCCUCAACAUGCUAUUCUGGAGUUUUUGCUUGCUGGUCUUCUUUCAGUGCGUGGCUGGGUUGAUGAUCAGUACACUCUGUCGCGACUUCAUCAACGAUCCGACUCAAGAUUCUCAGAUGAGGGAGGAGGUUUUUUUGUACUACGGAACCUUCACCAGAACAUUCCUUACAAUGUUUGAAAUCUUAUUUGCAAAUUGGGGGCCUUCUUGCCGGAUCCUGGUUGAGUCGAUCAGCGAAUGGUUUACGCUCUUUUUCUUGCUCUAUCGCUGUGUCCUUGGCUUUGCCGUCUUGAAUGUGGUGAACUCUGUCUUUGUCCAGCAGACCAUGAAGACAGCGAGCUCUGAUGAGGAGCUGGCCUUCAAACAGAAAGAGAAGGACGUUGCCCAAUACAUGCGGAAGGUGAAGAAGCUUUUCCAAACUAUGGAUGCGUCCGGUGAUGGUUCCAUCAACCUUGAAGAGUUCUCCAAGCUGGUCAAAUCGCCUAAGUUGAAGUUUUGGAUGAGCCAGUUGGAGCUGGAGUACCACGACUUGCUGAGUUUGUUUGAGUUCCUGGACAAUGGAGAUGGUGAGAUCACGCGCCUUAACUUGACCAUGGGUAUCGACCAAACCUUGCAAUCGUCUGCUUUUUACGAUUGA